AUGAAACCCGGGUUGUCUACAUUUUCAUACUGUAAUAAUCUACCUAUGCUUUCCCGCCAUAUUCAAAGCCUCUUCCAACUGUCGAAAACCUCUGCUAAAACCCUCCAAAUCCUCCACUGCAUCCUCCUCAAAUCCUCCCUCGACUGCGAUGAAUACAUCUUCUCCCAGCUCAUGCUCUCCGCCGCCUCUUCCUCCCUCCGCCACGCCCGCCGCCUCUUCGACAGCUCCCCCAUCGCGCCGCCGCCACUCUUCGCUUGGAACAUGUUAAUCAAGGCCUACUCCAAGAGCUCCACCCCAGAAGAAGCCGUGACCCUCUUUUCGGAAUUGCUUCGAACACCUGGCGCGCUCAGACCCAACCAGUUCACAUUCCCCUUCGUCGUCAAGGCCUGCGGCUCGGGAUCGAUGCUCGGAGCCGGUGGGUCGGUGCACUCCUUCGCUGUGAAGGCGGGAUUCGCUUCCGAUCCACACGUGAAGAAUACCCUCUUGACGAUGUAUGCUGGUUUUGGGCUGAUUGAGUUUGCGAGGAAGGUGUUCGAUGAAAUGCCUGAGAGAAGUGUGGUGUCUUGGAGCUCCAUGAUUGCCGCUUAUGUUCAUUGCAACCUUGAAUUGGAGGCUUUGGGAGCAUUCAAAGAGAUGACAAUGGCGAACGAGAACCCGAACUCGGUAACACUCAUCACCCUUCUCUCCGCCUGCACCAACCUCCUCAACUCCAGGCUCUCAAAAUCCAUCCACGCACACAUCCUCAUCAACGCUAUCAACCUAGACGUCGCGCUGGGAACGGCCCUUCUGAGCACGUACGCAAAAUCCGGCCACAUAGACGAAGCCCUCCGCGUAUACAACUCCAUCCCCCUCAAAAACCUGCAGUCUUACACAGUCAUGAUCUCAUCUCUCGCAAACAACGGCCGCGGAGAAGAGGCCCUGUCCCUGUUCGCCCGAAUGGAGCAAUCCGGCCUGACACCCGACAGCGUGUCGUUCUCAGCUGCGCUCUCGGCCUGCAGCCACAGAGGGCUCGUAAGCAAGGGGAAGGAGCUUUUUGAGAAAAUGGCGAAUGUGUACAAAAUCAGGCCGAGUGUGGAGCACUACGGGUGUAUGGUUGAUCUGUUGGGGCGAGGCGGGGAGACGGGAGAGGCGUAUCGGGUUAUCAAGAGCAUGCCGAUGGAGCCUAACUCGGUGAUCUUGAGGAGUUACUUGAGUGCUUGUAAAGAGCAUGGUUGUGUUCAUGGUUUGGACGAGCGGUUGGUGGAGCGUUUGAUCGAGCUCGAAUCGGGGGUUGGAGCUAACUAUGUGCUUGCUAGCUCUGUGUUGGUUGGAGGGAUGGAUGAUAUGAGAAGGGAGAUGAAGAGGAAAGGUGUGGAGAAAGUUGCUGGUUUUAGUUGGGUGGAGGCUCUUCCUCUUGCUAAUGAAUUAUAGUUUUGUAUAAAUUCCUUUCUUUCGUUUCUGUCAAGAUGUCCAUUUUUUAUUUAAUUAUCACAAUUAAAAUGUUUUAUUUCAAUAUAUA